AUGUGCAAAGUGGCUUCAGUAUUGGAAAAGGAAGAGAGCGGAGAAAAUUUAUCUUUUAAAAGACAACGAACUGCUGAAUUUCCUAAUUUGGAAGAAUGUUUACUUACUUGGUUCAAACAAUGUCGCGACAAAAAUAUAACAGUGAGUGGGCCUGUAUUAAUGGAAAAAGCUGAGUUCUACGCAAAAUCUUUAAAAAUUGAUAAUUUUCGGGUCAGCAAUGGUUGGCUGGAAAAAUUCAAAAAGAGACAUGGAUUAACCUUUAGAAAAAUUUGUGGUGAAAGUAAGAGUGUAAAUAAUGACGUUUGUGAGGAAUGGAAGGGUACACUGCAAAAUUUAGUAAAAGAAUAUGACCCCAGUGAUAUUUUUAACGCUGACGAAACUGGACUUUUCUAUAAAUGUCUUCCAGAUAAAACAUUAGUAUUUAAAGGAGAAAAGUGUCAUGGUGGGAAGCAUAGCAAAGAACGACUAACAGUUUUAUUAGCUGUGAAUAUGUCCGGUUCAGAAAAACUUACGCCAUUUGUUAUUGGAAAAUCUAAAAAGCCUCGUUGUUUUGCAGGUUGCAAAUCGUUGCCUGUUCAGUACGAUGCUAAUAAAAAGGCAUGGAUGAACUCCGAAAUAUUUAGAACAUGGCUUUUACAACUUAACAAAGAGAUGAUACGAAAGAAAAGAAAGAUUAUGUUAUUUAUCGACAAUUGUACAGCACAUAAGGAUAUUUCUUCUUUGAAAGCUGUCAAAGUUAUCUUUUUGACACCUAACACAACUUCUAUAUUACAGCCAUUAGACCAAGGAAUUAUACAAAAUUUUAAAAUUAAAUACAGGACAGAAGUCGUCAGAAAAAUGAUUGUUGAUAUGGAGAAUAAUACUGUUUCAUCUAUUAACGUAUUGCAAGCGCUGAGGAUGGUAGAUAAAGCUUGGAGAGGUGUGACACAGGAAACAAUAACUAACUGCUUUAAAAAAUGUGCAUUUCCUUCCACAUCUGAAGAAAUUGUUGAAAUGAGCCUCACACUUCCUAUAGAAUGGAAUCAGUUAAAAUCUACAACAAACAUCACUUUUGAAGAGUUUACUUUGCUUAAUAAGGACCUUUCUACUACAGGAAUGAUAAUAACUGAUUCAGAAAUAAUUGACUCCAUUAAACAAAAUGAUGAAGACGAAGACUUACUUCUAAAUGAUGAGGACUUACCUACAUCUUUUAUGACGAUGCUUACCCAUUAUGUACCAGAAAGUCAAACCUUUGUACUGCUGGAGCAUCGAAGUCUAACAAUACGAGAUCAUCAGAGAGAUGGAGCUAAAGCGCAUGAUCUGGUUGACAAAAAGCGAUUUAAAUCCACGGAUAAAAUUCAUCUGUUAAGACGCACUGGAUCAUCCCGGACAACGAAUCCACAAUAA